AUGUUUUACAUAAAAAUAAUCAUAGUAUUAGAAUUAAGUGUGAUUUUAACAUCAACAUCGUCGACAUUGUCGAAUCAAACAACAAAUUUUCAUUCGACCAGUAAAGUUCAAGUGCCUUUUGAUACAACAAUAAAUGGUUAUUAUUUAAAAGAUUUAGCUGCCUCGAUCGGUACAUUCUUACAGAAUAUCAGUAAUCGUGAACUAGGUGUACCAGUUAUGCAAGAAAUGUAUGAUAGUUUAGAAUUUGUACCUGUUACACUCAAUACUCAACAGCAGAUCAAUCAAUAUGCGGAUCAAAUAAUUAAUAAGACAAUGAAAAUUAUUGAUUUGUUAUAUCAAUACGUUCAAUAUACGGAUUUGGAACAAUCGAUUUUGUAUCCGUGCUCACAUGUGCCUUCUACGUAUCACAUUUGGACAGACACGUACAAUCAUUUUACGGUUAAUAAUCAUUCACUUCAUCGUUUACAAUAUUCAUCGAAUUCGAAUCAUAUUCAAUUUAAUUUAUCACAAGUUUUUUCAGAAUCCAUCCGUAAUGCAUCUCAAAAUGGGAAUUCAGGAAUUAAACAAAUAUAUUUUUUAUCCUCACAAGAUACAGUGUCAGCCAGUACAGUGAACGAUAGUUAUUGUACUACAUACGAUAGUACAAAUAUUUGGAAUGAGUACACAUCACGAAUUGUUUCUAAGAAAACAAAAAAUAUUUUAAUACUUCUUGAACAUGGAAAUGGGCUAAGUGCACAUCAAUUAUAUUUGGCCAAAUCAAUGGCAAAAAGUUUUAUUUCGAUGCUAAAAUCGAAUGAUACAAUCAGUGUAAUUGCAUUAGCCGACACAAUUACAAUUCCAUUUUCGCAGAUCGAUACCGGUUUCUGUGCGAACGAUACAAACAAAACAUUUGUAAAUGCAACGGAAUUUAAUAAAGAAAGAUUAUAUAAUUUUAUUGAUUCGUUGGCGAAAAGUAAAAAUGUAACAAAUCAUACGUUAGGUUUUGACGAAGCAUUUAAUGCAAUUGAUUUAUUUUCGAAAAUCGAUUCGAACAUACAUAAUAUUUUCUUAUUGUAUAUUAGUCGAGGUCUUUUAUCAUCGAUAACUGAUGCGAAAAUUGUUUUUGAGACAAUCUACAAUCAUGGUUUACGAUUAUCAGUUCCUGUUUUUAUCAAUACAUGCCUUCUGAGAGAUGAUUCAAAACCGUUAAUGUACGAAGAACAAUUUUUAACAGAUAUAGCAAAUAUAAAUUUUACAAAAUAUAUCGCAUUAGACGUACCAGAAACGAAUUAUUUAUUAAAAGCUGGACUUGUACAAUCGAUUAAUUCGAUAUAUAAUUUAGGAUUAACGUCGGCACGAUAUCAUCGAAUUUUACAUGAAGAUACCGAUCAAUAUUUUACGGAUUUACGAAUUUCUUCACCGAAAUGUGAUUCUAUUGGUAAAGAACCUACGGUAACAAUAAGCCUUGGAAUUGGAACAAAUUUUACCAAUUAUGGUAUUUUUGGAAUUGAUAUAUAUUUAAAUAAUUUAUUAGAAGAUAUUUUGUAUACGGGAUCUCAUUCGAAAAAUCCAUAUCUAUUUUUAAUCAAUUCAAAUGGGGCAACAAUUAUGCAUCGAUCCUUAAAUCAACCGCACACAUGUUUGGAUCAAAAUCAAAAUGUGGACAUUCAUUUGUUAGAGAAACAAUUUAAUUUGACACUGGUUAAACAAUAUAUGGAGGAUGGCGGAGUACCAGUUACUUUCACCGAAAAUGGGAUUGUUGAUCAACAUUUUGAAAUUCCUCUUUAUAAAAAUGUAUUUACAUGCAAAGGAAUAUUAAAAUGGUACAUAAUUUGUAUGGUGCUUACGAAUAAGGAUAUCAAUCGACGUCAUUUUUAUUCGAAAAAAUUAGCUCGCGUUAGUUUACCACAAAAUGCGGAUGUGAUACACCAUCGACUGGAUUUAUUACCGCCGCAUACAGUUUGUCGUCACUUGAAACAAAUCACAUCUAUUGCAUCUGGUGUUUUAUAUUUGAGUGCGUCAUGUUUUUCAUCACCAUAUUCUCAGCUCCGUUCCAAAUGGGAUCUAGAUGCAACACCGCGCACAAUUGAACAUUAUAUGGCGUAUUUAAAAGAUCAUACAAAUUUAAUUGCGAAUCCUGGCUUUAAACCGGAUAUACGUAAUGAAGUAUUGUCUUUGUUACAUAUGAUGCACUAUUUAAAAAUGCGUCAUCUUACUGGAUCGUUACGUCAGUAUGCGGUCCGACGUUAUGUUGCAUCGUCUGGUGGUGUUUUACAGAUAUAUCCUGGAACAAAUGUUCAACCUGGACUAGAUCCAACAAAACGUGUAUGGUAUCAACGUGCGUUGGAACAUCCAGGACGUGUUAUACUAACGCCUCCCUACUUAGAUGCAGGAGGUGCUGGUUACAUCGUCACAUUAUCGCAUACCGUUUACGAGGGUAAACGGAAUUUAAUGCAUACAACAAAAGAUGCUGUUUUCGCAGUAAUGGGCAUUGAUCUGACUCUUGGCUACUUUUAUAAAUUAAUUAUUGAGAAAAUUCCAUUUUGCAAGCAAACAAAUGUGAAAUGUUUUCUAAUGGACGACAAAGGUUAUUUAAUAUCGCAUCCAAGUCUGGUGGACCCAAACGGUCGUGGACCCGUCGAACAAAUUCAUAUUGUGAAUAAAGAAUCGAUUGUGGCAAACGAUAUACUCAAUCAAAAAUAUUUCGUCAAGAAGAUUUUAUGUAAUAAUUUUUUGGAUGGAACAAUGCAAAGAUAUUAUCAAUUUAAUACCAGUUUUGUUGGUGUGAUUCGAAAUAUGAUUCAUGGCGAACAUUGCUCCAAAUAUCAAAUUACUUCAAUCGCUGGUACCAAUUUAUUUAUUGGUAUCGUAAAUUCGUCCUGCGAAAAUAGUGCCACAUUUUGCCCUUGCAGUAUGGUUGAUCGAUUAUGUUUAAAUUGUAAUCGAAUGGAACAAAACGAAUGUGAAUGUCCAUGCGAAUGUCCUUUAAACCUUCUAAAACAACAAACAUGCCCAAAUACAAACAUCACUUCAUCAUUCCACAAAAAUCCGAUUUGUCCAAUGAUUAUCAACGAACAUUUCACAGUUGGAAACAGUUUAUUCUACACAAAAAUAUCAAAUUUAAAACCAUGUUCUAAUUUUCAUUGUGAGCUAUAUACGACCCAAGAUAGUUGUAUGGGAAUCAUUGGAUGUGAAUGGUGUCAAAUUAAUAUUGAUGGGGAAACUCCACUGGAAAUACCCUUUUGUACGUCCUUAAAUUCAUGUUUUAAUGGUAUUUUGGGAUCUGUUACACCGUAUGGAGAUAGUACAAAUGGUCCAAUAACGUCUGGUGAUUUAUUGGCAUCAACGUACUCCGCCAUAGGCCCGAUUGUGGGUUGUUUAGUAGUCCUAUGUCUAAUACUAUCCUUAAUCAUAUACUUCUAUCGACAACACUACAUCUCAAUUGGAGGGGAUGAAUUGUACUUAGAAGGUGCUCCCGGUAUGGAUCAAGGACAAAUAUCAGGAUUACGUGUUAAUCAUCUCGAAAUGGAUGACAUGAACGAAGAACGUGAUGGUUAUCGGGACCGUUUAAUGGUCUACAAUCUAGAAACCGUGUCACCAUAUCGAUUAUCGACUGGAUAUCGUAGACCACACACGACCGGUGAUUCGGAUCAUGGAUAUUCAACAAUGACACCACACGAUGAAUCGGAACACUUGUCUGUCGCACUCGUGGAACCAUUGUUAACCCUAAACGAUGAGAAUCAUUCGGAUGUUGGUUCAAAUAGUACGUCCAUUUCAACAGAUAAUUGUUUGAGCUCCUCAGUUGGAUCACCUCAACAUAAAUUUGUAAAUAGUGGUAAUGGGGAUACAACAGUGGUGCCAACUACCGUACCCGGUACAACGAAUAUUCAUCGCCAUUGUUUGUUAGUUCCAGUGACUGUUCAUCGUGAUAUGGAAACUACUUAAUUUUGUUUUUAAUUUUUAUUAAAAUACGCUUUUUAGGUCUCAAAUUUUAUGAUUUUGUACAGGGUGUUUGAAAAAAAAAAACAGUGCUAAAAAUGGUAAAAUUCAUGAAAAAUGUGACGACUUUGAAGAUAUUAUUUUACGAAUUUGAAUAAUCGGGUAAUUGCUUAGUUCGUAUCUAUGCAUGGUUGGGUACUUGUUGGAAAUCCAAAAUGUUUUUAACCCUCGACGCAAAAAGAGAGGUGUUUGGCCGCUAUGUGUGUGUCUAUUCGUGGCACCGUA